UUUUGUAUACCUAAUAAUUUUUUUUAUUAAAAUGAAUUUCGGACUAUUUAUUUUUUCAAUAUACACCAUAUUAAUAUGCAGUGGCAUUUUUGCUGUAAAUUGUGAAGUAUUAAAAAAACAUUACAUGAAAUACUUAAUUAAUGUAGUUAAUCAUAUUCGUGUACAAGAAGGAUGGUAUUCAAUGCACCAUCUAUCAUUAAAUAAUAAAUCAAGUCAACAAAUUAGUAUCAGAGAAGCAUUUAUUUACAAUUACGGAAGUGAUCAACUUGAAGUAAUGUUUACAAACAUUAUAUAUUUGAUAAAUGUUAAGUAUGCUGAAGUAUUAAAUAAGUUUGUUGAAUUCAUAAAUAUAGGAACAGAUCAUUGUGAGGAGUACCUUAUAGCUCAAUCUUUUGAAAAUUUCAAUAUUUGUAUUAAUUUACUUGAAGUAGAAGUGAAAAAAUCUGAAUAUAUGUUUGAGCAUUUGUAUAAAGCAGUUUCAUUUUUAAGUUAUUUAGAUCUAAAAUAUAUAUUCACAAAAAGAUUGGGAAAUCCAUAUGUCAUUGUUGAAGAAAUCUAUUUCGUGAAAAACUUUAUUUCAAACUUAAAAUUAUAUAACCAGUUAUGUGACACUAACCUUUUAACUAAUUACACAGUAGAUAUAAUGAAAGCUGUCAUAACUAACAUUAAGCAAUUUAUUGGUGAAGUAGCUAAUGUCGUACAAGGUAUUCUAAAUAAACUUAACAUUGAAAACAAUGUUCCUCUAAAACUUAAAUUAAUAUUAAACACUGAAUAUGAUAUGUACAAAACUGAUUAUUCAUGUUUUAUUGAUUUUUUGUUUAAGAAACUAAAUGAUUUUUACACUUUCACUAUCGAAAAUGAUUUUAUAGGACUUGGAUUUAGUGAAUUAUUAGAUCCCAUUACAUUUAAUAAAAAAGAACUUUAUCCGCCGAUAGAUAAUAAAUUACACCAAGAAACUGGAAUUGCAACAUUAAACAAACUACAGAUUGAAGGCAAUUGGCAAACAUUGAAUCACAUUCAUGUAUUGUAUUAUGAUCAAGAAGUUAGCAUGGAUCAAGUUCUAAGAAAUCGAGUGGAUAAUAAUAAUUUUCAUCUUAAGAGAAAAUACUUUCAAUUAUUUUUGAGAUGUAGAUUUUAUGAGUUACUAUGCAACUAUAAUAUAUAUUUAAGUGUAAUAAUACAAGAAUGUCGAAAAGAAAAAUCACACACUAAAUUCCUUCUUAAUUCGUACAAAUUUAUCGAAUGUGUUCACCUUUUAUUUUUAAAUGUAAAAAGUUCUCAGAUUUUUUUAAAUUCUAUGCUAAUAGCUAUGGAUAAAUUUAAAAAACUAUCAGUUUGGUGUGAAUCGGAAAAAAAAAACUCUUUAAACAUUUUAUUCAAAUUGAUAGAAAAAUUUCUCAAAAAUCUAGUUGAAUAUAAUUUAAAUGCAGAUGCUUUUGUAGACAGUAAUGAUGUGAACUUAAUGGUAAAAGCAGAUAAAUAUUUAAUGGAUUUAUGCACAGCUAAACGAGAUUUUACAUUUUCAAUUAAUAAUCUGAAAUUACUACAAAUUUCGCGGUGCAUUACUAAUGAAAACAAAAUUAUUGAAAAAAACAUCUUACUUCACUCCGCUGAAUAUAAUGUUAGUAUAUCCAAUGAAACUACUACAUCUCAAAACAAUAUUUAUAAAUACCACUAUUUAUGUUCGAAAUUAUUUAUGCUUUGUAAUAAUUUUAUUACUAUUGAAUUCAAUAAUCUUGGUUUUGAUAAAAUAUAAACGAUUUUUUAACAAAUUGAUAAAUUGUUCACAAUUAAUAUUACAUGAUUAGUACCAUAAUUUUAUCUAUUUAAUAUAG